UCAUCUCAAAAGUAGUACCCAGGGCACCGAGCCGUUUGCUGCUGGCCGUGGUUCGCCGUCAUCUUCUGCCUCAACCUUUGACGACGUGGACAGUAUGUCCUCCUCGGUUGAGAGACCGAGGCUAAGACUGGGCUACAGAACGCUGUCGUCAUCCUCAAUGAAAGGGGCGUCUCCGAUAAAGGACGAAAACCGAGCCGAUCAUCCGAGCUCUCCCGAGCACCACACGAAGAUACCCACUCCGACGAAAACAACUCAAAGCCCUCGGGGCGGGCAGACGAGAAUCGGUUUUUCACCGCGGACAAACAACAGCUCUUUUCACAGAGACAGCAACACCGAGGUAGAGACUGUAAGCUCGAAUGAGUCUUUAGAUGGAAGGUACGCAUCUCCCCCACCCCCUCACGGUGGGGACGGUGCGCUUCGCCAACCGGAAGACGCCCCGAGUGUUUCAUCCGGGUACAACAGUGACGACAUCACAUCCGGCCAUGCGGAAAACAACCCUCAAGCUACUGCUGCGGCUGAACCUGCGGCUGAACCGCCAAGUACGGAAAGACCCGCGGGACAUAAGUAUGACCCGAGGCAGUAUCAAGAUCAACAAAAUGAUUUUCAUCCAGUGAGUAAACUUCCCAUGGUAAGAUAUUAGAUAAGAAAAUUGUAUUUCGCUUGCAUGUUCAGUUGAUGUUUUUUUUGGCACGACUGUGGUUCCUUUUGAACAGCAACCCGUCACCACACAUUGUAAUAAAUAUUUGUAAUCCAAAAGGAUCAGGUGCUGCGCGGCACAGUAAACAGUUCAAAAGUUGUAAAUAGUAAUACCUCGGUGCCAAAUUAAAAACGAUGUUUUUAGUAGACGUUUCGG